AGGAGCAGGCAGCAGAGGGCUACAUGACCCAGCUGCGAUACGUCAGCCCCGACAAGACCGAGAGCUUUACCCUGCCCAGCCACAGAAAGGCACUUUAGUAUUGCCAGUGUAACAGUAUAGCUUCCAUCCCUCUCCUCGCUCCUACCUGGGCUCGAACGAGGAACACAUCGACAACAGCCACCCUCGAAGCAGCGUUACCCAGGCAAGGGGAACAACUACUCCAAGUCUCAGAGCGAGUGACGUUUGAAACGCUAUUAGCACGCACCCCGCUAACUAGCUAGCCAUUUCACAUCGGUUACACCAGCCUAAUCUCGGGAGUUGAUAGGCUUGAAGUCAUAAACAGCGCAAUGCUUGAAGCAUUGCAAAGAGCUGCUGGCAAAAUGCAUGAAAGUGCUGUUUGAAUGAAUGCAUACGAGCCUGCUGCUGCCUACCACCGCUCAGUCAGACUGCUCUAUCAAAUCAUGGACUUAAUUAUAACAUAAUAACACACAGAAAUACGAGCCUUAGGUCAUUAAUAUGGUAGAAUCCGGAAACUCAUCUCGGAAACAAAACAUUUAUUUUUCAGUGAAAUACGGAACCAUUCUGUAUUUUAUCUAACGGGUGGCAUCCAUAAGUCUAAAUAUUCCUGUUACAUUGAAGGUUGUGCAAUGUUAUGUCAUAAGUACGUAAAAUUCUGGCAAAUUAGUUUGCAACGAGCCAGGCGGCCCAAACUGUUGCAUAUACCCUGACUCUGCGUGCAAUGAACGCAAGAGAAGUGACACAAUUUCACCUGGUUAAUAUUGCCUGCGAAUCUGAAUUUCUUUUAGCUAAAUAUGCAGGUUUAAAAAUAUAUACUUCUGUGUAUUGAUUUUAAGAAAGGCAUUGAUGUUUAUGGUUAGGUACAGUCGUGUAACGAUUGUGCUUUUUUCGCAAAUGCUCUUUUGUUAAAUCAUCCCCCUUUUGGCGAAGUUGGCUGUCUUUGUUAGGAAGAAAUAGUCUUCAGAGUUCGCAACGAGCCAGGCGGACCAAACUGCUGCAUAUACCCUGACUCUGUUGCAAGAGAAGUGACACAAUUUCCCUAGUUAAAAGAAAUUCAAGUUAGUAGGCAAUAUUAACUAAAUAUGCAGGUUUAAAAAUAUAUACUUGUUUAUUGAUUUUAAGAAAGGCAUUGAUGUUUAUGGUUAGGUACACGUUGGAGCAACGACAGUCCUGUUUCGCGAAUGCACACCGCAUCGAUUAUAUGCAACGCAGAACACGCUAGAUAUCAACUAUGUGUAGUUAACUAGUGAUUAUGAUUGUUUUUUAUAAGAUAAGUUUAAUGCUAGCGAGCAACUUACCGUGGCUUCUUACUGCAUUCGCGUAACAGGCAGGCUCUUCGGAGUGCAAUGUAAAGCAGGUGGUUAGAGCGUUGGACUAGUUAACCGUAAGGUUGCAAGAUUGAAUCUCCGAGCUGACAAGGUAAAAAUCUGUCGUUCUGCCCCUGAACAAGGCAGUUAACCCACUGUUCCUAGGCUGUCAUUGAAAAUAAGAAUGUGUUAACUGAAUUGCCUAGUUAAAUAAAGGUGUAAAAAAUAAUAAUUUAAAAAAGAAAUUGUUAAUCGGUGUCCAAAAAUACCGAUUUUCUGAUUGUUAACUUGAAAUCGGCCCUAAUUAAUCGGCCAUUCCGAUUAAUCGGUUGACCUCUAGUGUGUGUGUGUACACACACACACACUGUUAGUUUAGUCAACUCUAACCCCAUGUCACUCUCUCUCUCCCUCUGUCAGAUCAGUAUCGGUCUGUGUAACGUUGGUUUUGUUCCCAUCUAUGGAGGAGACCUGAAGCACAAGGUUAUGGCCCUGUUCUCCCCAGAUGAUCAGCUCACAGCGGUAGCUCUGUACCUGGCAGGACAGUGGUGGUCAGUAGAGGACAUCCUCAGAACCUCAGACCCCUCCAGAACUGGCCUGGUCAAGGCGAGGAGUCUUGGUGAGCGGAUCGUCCUGUACAUUCUGAACCGUAUCGUGUACCGCGUGGGUGAGAUGGACAAACCUGAGGUGCCUUUCCUGUGCCACGGCCAGCAUGACUUCGCCAAGCUCCUCUGGAAGGACGGAAAAGCUGUCGGGUUCUACUCGGUCAAACCCAAAGACAGCUUGUGUAAUAACUUUGUGACCCAGCGCUACCAGCUUCCUGUCAUGGACUCCAUAUUUGUCAGGAAGUGUCACCGUGGAAACGGCCAUGGCCUGCAGAUGCUGGAGGACUUUGUGGACUCUUUCAAAGACGACCAGCUUGGCCUGAAGUACCCUCUCUCUCUAACCAUGUAUAAAGUGUGUAGCCAGUACCUAUGUCGGUACCCAGCUGACCAGGAUCUGCUGUGGGUGGUAGAGGGAGUGGGAGGACCCUACCAGAGAGAGAAUGUGGCCAGCAAGAUGAAAGCCCUAGCACUGAAAGCGGUGCUCCACGCGGUGACUUCUAACGGAGACCAACGAGCAGCCUCCCUGGACCACACAGACGUCAGCAUGGAGGAGGACAACUUUCUGGACAUCACCGAGGAUGUUUUGGUGGUAAAUACUCCCCUGAAGUUAAUAGAAGCCCUGGAUGGCACACCAGUGGCAACGCGUAGCAGGUGUAGCGGACAUAAAAAGCGUGGCAGAGAAGAGACAGAAGACUCCACGAAGGAGAGCCAGCCUCUGAAGAUGAACAGAUUGGAGGAUGCAAAGUCCGAGCCCACCAACACGGCUGUAGAGGACGGAGGACAGGCGGAGGAAGGAAGAGAGGGGGAGGAGUCUGGAGAGGCAGAGGCUGCUGUGGCCCCUGAGGAGGAGAAGAUGAUCAAAGCUCAGAUUCAUACAUGGGAAAAACGGAUAGUCAAGAUGAACGGAGAACUGACUGAUGGCCAGAGAGAGGAGGAAGAGGGAGAGGCUGUGCUGGAGAACAGAACGACAGAGGAAGACGUGGAAAUAGAGGCGGCGGCAGCAAAGGAGGAAGAGUCCAUCGAGGCUGAAGACAUAUUAGAAGCAGCUCCUGUGGCGCCAGAGGGGUUGGCUGAAGCUGUGGAGGAGGAGGAUGAUCCUCUCCCGUUAGUAGAAGAACCAGCGUCUGUGUCAGAGGAGGCUCCCUCGCCUGCUGAACCAUCCCCAGCAGAGCCCUCACUCUCUGGGGAUGUGCGUGAGGAGGCUACACCCAUGGAAGAAGGAGAGGAGGACACUGUAGUAGCAACUCCUGUGGCGUCGGAGGGGUUGGCUGAAGCUGUGGUGGAGAAGGAGGCGGCUUCUCUCCCAUUAGUGAAUGAGCCAGCCUCCACUCCAGAGGAGGCCCCCUUACCCAUGGAAGGAGAGGAGGUAAAGAGAGAAAAGGAGGAGGAGGCGUUGGAGAGAGCAGUGGAGGAACCAGAGGUAAAGGAGAAAUCCGAGGAGGUCAUUGCUGUGGACCGCAGUAGCAAGGAAACGUUGGUCCAGGUGCGGGUAGCAGACCUGUCCUACCAGCCUCUGGAGGAAGGAGAGACCCAGCCUCCUGAAGAAGAGGAGGCGGCGGCGAAGGAAGAGGCCCUUUUCGCGAAUGACGAAAAUAAAGGGGUAGAGGAGAUGGAGAAUGCUACGACUACAGAGGAGGGAAGUGAGAGCUCAGACGAGGGAGGCAAGGGUCAGGCCCUUUGGAGUAGAGUUAGCGGCAGGGGCCCGGCGGCGCCGAAACGUACAUCUAAGAGACUGAACAGAGUGGUCAUCGAGCAGGACAGGGAGCAGCCAGGGGUCACAGUGGAAGAGGAGGAAAAAGCUACAACUACAGAGGAGGAGGAGGAGGAAGGUGCUGUAGAGAAGAGUUGGGCUGAGGAAGAGGUGGAGGUGGAAGAGGAGCAGCCACCAGUGAUUGACCAGAGGGCAUUGAGAAGGAAGAGCAGACCGCUCCAGACUCCAAAUAAAGCCAGAGGGAAACGACACGGCAAGAUCUGAACACACCAGAAGGCAUGCACAACACACACACACACACACACACACACACACACACACACACACACACACACACACACACACACACACACACACACACGGUAAUGUUUUCUGUCUGGUUUUAGGGUUUGUAAGGGGUCUAAAGUUUACUUGUAUGAUGUUUAGAUGCGUUUACUUUAGGUAGUUCAUUUUUUUUUUUUACAGAAAACGACCAAAAAAGUGUUUGUACAGGGAAACGCAGUACUCACUGUUGUUAGUCAAUGUGAAGUCUUUUAAUGUUGUUCAUAUGUCACUGUAUUCUUGUUUUUACUGCCUUGUUCUUUAGGAACUGACUGAUAUUGAGUUUAACAAGCCUGUUGUGGUUUGAAUGUGAUUGUCGCUCAAAGAUUUUCACUAUCAAACCCAGUUCCAUGUUCUCCUAUAGCCUGGUCCCAUACUAGUCUUGAGGUGCCACUCUUAUAUUUAUACUAGUUACAAUAUUUAAAUAGUUUGGAUCGAAAGGCACCUCUUUAGUUUAGUUCUUGCAGGAGUUCUUUUAUUCCAAUGAAAGCCAGCAGCCCCGUUAGCUUUCGAAGACCAGUUUUGCUAAUAAACCUUUUUUUAUGACAAUAUGGAACUCGUAUUAAGGAAGGAAACGUUCCAAAAAUGCCUUCCGUUUUCUCCGUGGUGCGCACCACCUAUCUAUCAUAUCUCUUGGAGUGAUGAGAUUAUAUCUUCCGAUGCGCCUUUAGAAAAGCUAUGAAUGAACGUCAAUCGUGAUCUUUAGGUUGCACAGCACACUCACGCACACAUAUGCAUAUUGAUAUAUAUAUAUACACACAAAUACUAUAGUGAAUAUAUCCAUAAACUGUAUUUUGAAUAGGAAGAAUAGAUUUGGACAUUAUUGAUCUUAAUUUAGCAAUAAAAUAAAACGUUUCUGAUAUCGUAUUUGUCUUUCCCGCGUGUAAUUUAAGAUGGUGAUUUAUACUUUAUAAUAUAAUUAAUAGCAUGUUUAAUUGCAAUUGGAUAAAAUAUGUAUAUUACAAUUAACUAGAUUAAACCAGAAUUUUGAAGUAA